AUGGCUAAAGACGUCUUCCGCGUCCGGCUCAACUGCCUGGACAACUACCAAUCCCUGCCCGGCCCUCUCGAUGCACCUCUGUGGGGACCUCAUGCUUUCUCCGCCACCCAAAGAGGCAAUCUACCCCAGGUCCCAGUCAUUCGAGUAUUUGGUGCGACCGAGACCGGGCAAAAGGUGUGCGCGCAUAUUCAUGGAGCCUUCCCUUACCUCUACGUCCCAUAUACCGAGUCAAUUGAGAAAAACACCUUGGAAUCCUACAUCUCCACUUUUCGACACUCUAUCGACCAUGCUUUGGCAAUUUCAUACCGUCGAAAUCCUUACGAAAAUCCUCGGAAUGCGACAUUCGUCGCUCAUAUCAGUCUGGUCAAGGGAGUGCCAUUCUUCGGAUACAAUGUCGGCCACAAAUACUACCUCAAAGUGUACCUGCUCAAUCCUACCAACAUGACUCGAUUCACGGAUUUAUUGCAACAAGGAGCCAUCAUGAAGCAAGUCUUUCAACCGUACGAAGCGCAUCUGCAGUAUCUGUUGCAGUGGAUGUGUGACUUCAACUUGUACGGAUGUGCUUACAUCGAGACCGAGAAGCCGCAUUUUCGAUCUCCAUUACCGGAAUGGGAAGACUUGGAUGAUCCGGCGCAUCUUUGGCAUGAUCGAUCUGUGGCUGAGAAGGAUGUGCUGGAUGUUGAGCGAUUCCCUCGCCAGAGUCAUUGUCAACUGGAGCUUGACAUUCGAGUGGAGGAUCUGCUGAAUCGGAACGCAAUCCAAGCACGGCCAUUGCAUCAAUCAUUCAUCGAGCGAUUGGAGUCUUUGGAGAAUCUUCCCCCAGAAGAGAAGCUAGUGCAUUCAAUGGCUGGGCUGUGGAAGGACGAAACACGACGAAGAAGAAUGCGAAUGGGCUUGAAGGAUCCCACUUCUUCGCCAUUCCCGCCAGAAGUGCUCGUCAGCAUGUCUGCCGACCCUCGAAACGACAGCAAAGGUGGCUGGAUUCAUGAAGAGGAGUUCCGACAGACCAUCUCAGAGUUGGCGGAGCAGGAGAAGAAAGCGCGAGGCGGCGGCGGCAUAAGUUUUGAAACGUUCAGCAGUCAGCUGGAUCUCGAUGAUGGCAUUCCAACGUUGCUGGACAGCGUCACAGAACUCUUUCCUACCGAACUGGAGAAGAGGUGGAAACAGAAAGCAGAGGAAGCGAAGCAGCAUGAGGAUAUAGAUUACGCCCACGACUUAAUGACAACUCAACACGACAAUGAAUCGCAACCAGUCGUGGACAUGAAGAGCAUCGCCGAGGAUGAGAAGCUGCGGGAUCAUGCUUUCGAUCCUCCUCCUGCGGCUCAAGUACCACGUACCGAUACGUCGUCAAUCUCGCAGCUACCCCCUUCCGCACAACCACCUUCGUCGUCUCAGCUCUCCUCCUCAUCGCAAGGCCUCAAGACUAGCUUUCCUCUGGUCAAAAGUCCGCACGAUGCGCAAACACCGUUCAGACUGAGUCAACGAGAUGAUCUGGCUCACCUCACCCAUCGGAGCUCGCAGACCAGUCAGAAGCAUGACUUUGCUAACUCAUCCGCCGGGGAAAGCAGCUUUCGGUCCGAGUCCACGGUGAAGUCGCCGAGUAAAAGCCAACCAUCCAUUGAUCCCGUCCUUGGUGAUAAGUAUGCAAGGGUAUUUGGAGUUAAAAGCAACGACACGGUCCUGCUAUACCGCCACCUUCCGCCGUCCUUCGACGAGGUGGACCGUACUGUCACUCCAUCGGUCAUCUACCAGGAUGCCUACUACAGCAACGAGAAGGAUGUGCCAGAACGACCGAGAGAGUAUGCUGGACAGGAGUUCCGACUGGAGAGCACUACCCUGCCAUUCUUGCAAGACUUCGACAAGCACGGGCAUGUCCGAGUUGGCAAAUCUCAAACGACCGACAGAGUCAGUGCUGAAUUCGCAGAGCAGCGUCGAAAGAGACAGUGCACAAUCAAGGCCUGGGAGAUCAUGAAACUUCCACCAUCUUACGAUGAAGUCAACGAAUGGCUCCACCAAGAGCAAGUCGACGUUGAAGACGACCUCGAAACGCUAGAGAUCGACGGACCACCAGCUGGAUCGCAAAUCAAGCGCAAGAAUCGACCUGCUCCAGAACUAUCGCAAAUCGACGGGCCGACGCAAAGGAACAAGCACGGCUUCAAGUUUUCACAAAAAAAGGCGAGCACAAGUGUUCAGCAUGAGACUGGAUACAUGAGUACGAUGAGUCUCGAGGUGCACAUUAACAGUCGCGGCGAGCUUGCUCCCGAUCCUGAACGAGACGAAGUUUCGAUGGUGACCUGGUGCAUUGCAGACGAGCAAAUGGAUCAAACUUCUAGACUUGGCAUCCUCGUUCUAACCAAAGACGACGAUGACGAGAUUGCUGAGAAGAUCCGCCGCAUCGUCGGUAACGAUGUUCAAAUCGACUCGGAAGACAACGAGCUGGACCUCAUCAACAAAACUGUCGAUAUCGUCCGCGAGUACGACCCGGAUGUGUUGACGGGAUACGAAGUUCACAACGGCUCUUGGGGCUACCUUAUCGAACGGGCAAGGUUGCAGUACGAAUUCAACCUCCCCGAUGAGUUCUCUCGCAUGAAGUCACAAUCUCACGGACGUUUCGGCAAAGAUGCGGAUCGCUGGGGCUUCACCAACACCUCGACCGUUCGCAUUACCGGCAGACAUACCAUCAACAUUUGGCGUGCCAUGCGGUCGGAGCUGAACUUGCUGCAGUAUACGAUGGAAAACGUAGUGUUUCAUUUGCUGCACCGCAGAAUACCACACUAUUCAUAUGCAACAUUGACCAGGUGGUAUCAGAGCAAGCGACCGCGGGAUCUGGUCAAGGUGCUGAACUACUUCAUCAAUCGCACAAAGCUGGACUUGGAGAUUCUGGACGCCAAUGAACUCAUUCCCAGGACGUCAGAACAGGCUCGUCUGCUGGGAGUCGACUUCUUCUCCGUGUUCAGUCGAGGAUCACAAUUCAAAGUCGAGUCUCUCAUGUUUCGUAUCGCCAAACCGGAGUCCUUCGCACUGGUCUCACCAUCCCGCAAGCAAGUCGGAGCACAGAACGCUCUUGAAUGCCUCCCUCUCGUGAUGGAACCGCAGUCUGCCUUCUACAGCAGUCCUGUGCUCGUACUCGACUUCCAGUCUCUCUACCCGAGUGUCAUGAUUGCAUACAACUACUGCUACUCCACCUGCCUCGGCCGCAUCACCAACUGGCGCGGCACCAACAAGAUGGGCUUCGCCGACUUUCAGCGCACGCCCGGCCUUCUCGAGCUCACAAAGGACAAACUCAACAUCUCUCCCAAUGGCAUGAUGUACGUCAAACCGGCAAUGCGCAAGUCCCUCCUCGCGAAGAUGUUGGGCGAGAUCCUCGAAACCCGUGUCAUGGUCAAGUCGGGAAUGAAAGUCGACAAGGCGGACAAGACUCUCCAACAACUCCUCAACAAUCGUCAGCUCGCUCUUAAGCUCAUCGCCAACGUCACCUACGGCUACACCUCUGCCUCAUUCUCCGGCCGCAUGCCAUGCUCCGAGAUCGCCGACAGUAUCGUUCAGACAGGUCGGGAGACUCUCGAAAAAGCCAUUGCCUUCAUCCACUCCGUCGAAGCAUGGGGUGCCGAGGUCGUCUAUGGUGACACAGACUCCUUGUUCGUCCACCUCCCUGGCCGCACUCGCGCGGACGCCUUCAAGAUUGGCGACGAGAUCGCAGCUCAAAUCACAGCCAUGAACCCCCGCCCUAUCAAGCUGAAGUUCGAAAAAGUCUACCACCCCUGCGUCUUACUUGCAAAGAAACGCUACGUCGGCUUCAAGUACGAGUCACCCAAACAAGAAGUCCCAGACUUCGACGCAAAAGGCAUCGAAACCGUGCGCAGAGACGGGACCCCCGCCGAGCAGAAAAUCGAAGAAAAAGCUCUCAAACUCCUCUUCCGCACCGCCGACCUCAGCCAGGUGAAAUCCUACUUCCAGUCACAAUGCACAAAAAUCCUCCACGGCAAAAUCAGUGUGCAAGACUUCUGCUUCGCCAAAGAAGUCAAACUCGGUACCUACGCAGACAAAGGUCCUCCUCCUCCUGGUGCCAUCAUCGCUACGAAGCGUAUGCUCCGCGACCCUCGCGCUGAGCCACAGUACGGCGAACGAGUCCCGUACGUCGUCAUCGCCGGCGGGCCAGGCGCGAGGUUGUGGGAACGAUGCGUGGAGCCGGAGAGGUUGGUCUACGACUCUCAAGCUGAACUGGACGCGGAAUACUACAUCAACAAAAACCUCAUCCCUCCACUCGAGCGCAUUUUCAAUCUCGUCGGAGCGAACGUGCGGACUUGGUGGGAGGAAUUACCCAAAGUCCAGCGCAUGCGUCUCGUGGGCGCGAACACCCCCUCCGACGCCGACGCCGUGACGGGAAAGGGCAAAGGCAAGAAGACGAUGGAAAGCUACAUGGCUUCUUCCCUCUGUCUCGUCUGUCGAACCCGGCUACCGCCUACCACUGGCACCUCCACUCAGGACCCGCUUCCGCUGUGCCCGACUUGCCUUCACUCACGACCGGCGCAGACUCUUCUCUCACUGAGAGCGAAGGUUACGAAAGCGGAGAAGAAAGUCGCGGACAUUGAGGCUGUGUGUAGGAGUUGUGCGGAUUUGCCGGCGGGAGAGGAGGUCAGGUGUGAUUCGAGGGAUUGUCCGGUUUUUUACUCGAGGGUUAAGGCGAGGACUAGGUGUGGGGUUGUGAGGGGUGGGGUUGGGAAGGUGCUGGGACGGGUGGAGGAGGAGAUGGUUGGUAAGGAGAGGAGGGAGGAGUUGGAGUGGUGAUUGUUGUCGUCUGGCAUUGGGCAAUAUGCGCCGCCGGAAGAGUGCUCAAUGCGGUUAUUAUAGCCGGCUAGUCACAUUAUGACUAUACCCCUGUUCCUGGCGGGGUCUGCCACAUAUAUAGUUCUACUCCACAUUAGCGGAGUCUCCUGACUCGACCUUGAACUCC